GCCACCGCGCUCCGGGACGGGCCCGUUCCCAGAGCCGGGCGGCGGCUUCGCCCCGUUCGCCCGUCACCCUCCAGGGGUGGGGUCCCGCGGCCGCGCAGCCGGAGGUCGAGUGGUUUGGGGCAAGAGGGAGAGGGUCUGCCGAAACCAGGCAGAGGUGGGCGCCGUGACGGCGGAAAUGCAGGGGGCCUCCGAGAGGGCUGGGCCCGCUGCCCCCCGCCUCGCCCCACAGCUGCGUUUCUGGGUGGCACCUGUUUGGGUUCCGUCGUGUGGGAGGCUCUAAAGUGCUUUCUUAGUAGCACACCUGGCGCGGGAUGUAGCUUAGCCCUGUGGGGGGGGCAUUUAUCAUCCUAGGAGGUGGGGCACUAGUCCCAGCCCCACUCGUGGGUGCAGGAGAGGACCCCUUGCUCUGUGCCCGGUGUCGCGCCCUGGGUGGAAGUGAGACCGCCGGCUCCCACGCCCUGAGGCUGUGACUAGUUUGAGUUUGUCCUUGUUGCUCUGCCCUGAGGUUGGAGGCACUGAGCCCCUUGGGAAGGCGUGCCAGGAGGGCCUUGGGCUUUCGUGACCUGGGAAGGGAAGGAGGAGGGAGGGUCUCAGCCCCCGCGAACACUUUGUCCCCAGUCCCCAGUCCCCAGUGGGGCCUUCAGCCUUGCAGAGGCAUAGGGGACUUCUGUCUGGUUCAUCUACUCCCUCAGCUCCCUCUUCUUUAUCACUUGGGACCGUGUCUCUGCCCUGACUCAGAAAGGGAAAGUCACUGAGGCUGGGGUGACCCGACAGGGCGCUCGUGAGAAUUCUCGCAUUAUAACACCUGCAGAGGGGAGCCCAGGGUUUGGCCUUCAUCAUGCCCACCUGGACAUCUCUGCAGUCCUCACGCCAAGGGCUCUGGCCAGAGCUGAGGUUGUUGUCAUUGCCCAUGAACAGGGCUGUCCCCGACAAGAGUGACAGAGGAGCUGCGGUCCCUGCACACAGUGGGACGGAAGCUAAACACAUCCCCAGUUCCAUCCGCCCCUCAAGUUCACUAUAUUUGUUUGUUGGGGGACCGCCACUCCCAGCUGAUGCCGUUCCCCCUUAGUUGCCAGGACAGCCCCAUGCAGCAAGCACCAGCAGGUGGCAUCAGGCUCACGCAGUCAGUGCUGGGAGGGCCAGGCCACUGUGGCUCCCCCUGGAUCUCCCGCUGGUGGGAUCUUAUCCUUCUGACCCUGGGCCCCAGCAGUGUCUGCCCCUCUCAGGGCUUUGCUGAGCUGCACUCACUGGGCGUGGCAGUGCGACACACACCCCCACCCCCCUCAGGCUGGAGGCCUGGCCAGUCCCCGGCUCACCUUCCCUGCAGGACACCCUGUUUUGCUUCUGAGCUUCUGGGUGUCCACUGAGCUUCUGUCCUCCCGCCUCACCGGGCGCUCUACUGGCUACUGGUUUGCAGCUUCGUCCGCUGGCCCCUGCCCUGGGCAGCCUUGUGUGGUCCAUCUACGUCCACCACCCAAAUCCUCAUUGCCAGCCUUCUGGAAGGCCCUUUUCUCAGCUCCAGCCACCUACCUGGCUGCUCUGCCUGGGUGUCUGAUGCAUGUCCCACACUCAAACGUGUCCCAGGCUGAGUCCUUGAUUCCCAGAACCCAUCUGUGCCCCCUGACCCUCUCUCUGAGGAGUAGCCCCGUCCUCUGGAGGCUCAAGUUCCGCCCUGAGGAGUCUUGGCCUGGACCCCCCCAUGUCCUUCAUGUCCAGCAGGAAGGUCUGCAGAUACACCUGGACUCUGUUCUUUCCCCCGACCGCCCACUGAGCGAGCACCCUGGCCCCCACCCCCAUCCAUGCUCAGAGGCCUCCCUCCACCUCUCCGGGGGGUCCGUGAAUGGAGCUGGCCCCCACGCCCAGAGCACGGUCUGGCACACGCUGGGUGGCGGCGGCGGCACGGACAGACCAGAGGGGCCCAGCGCGGGAGCUGCUGCCUCCAGCCCCUCAAGGGGAGAGCACCCUGGCCCAGGGACGGGAGCGGGAGCACAAGACUGCCCUGAAUUCCAGGAAAACGGGGGUCCCAGAGAGGGGUGGGCUGGCACCUGGCUGCUUCCACCUGUCCAGCACGUGUGGAGGUUCUGGCCCUGGAGGCAUCCACGGGGGGGGGGGUCUGUCCCACCCUGGGAGAGGCUGCAGGGCAUAGAGGGCAUUUCGGGCCAGAAACUACAAUUCCCCCCAAACCCCUACUCCCCCUGGCACUAAAUGCCUAAGGGGUCUGCCACCGUGGGGGCUGGUGGUAAGCUGCUGUCGCCCACUGGUCCCCAGGAGCUGACUAGCAAGCUGUUGCACCUGCACUUCAAGGAUGACAAGACCAAAGUCAGUGGGGACGCGCUGCUGCUCAUGGCGGAGUUGCUGAGGAUCUUCGUUGUGGAAGCGGCCGUCCGCAGUGUCCGGCAGGCCCAGGCAGAGGACCUGGCCCGUGUGGACGUGGACCAGCUGGAGAAGGUGCUGCCUCAGCUGCUGCUGGACUUCUAGGGCACUCCACUGCCACCGCGGCCGCCUGUCCGAGUCACAGCUCAGCCCCGAGUCCCCGCGUCUCCUGUGGCCUCUAGGCUCCACACAGGGAAGAAGCUGCUGAUCCCCAAGACUCUCCCCAGCCCCCAGACUGGGCCAGGUCCCAGCAGACACACCACGGUCCCUCACAUCCUCUGGCCCUGCUGAUGGCCCGGGCCCAGCCGCGGGACUGCCGUGCAGGGAGCCGGCCCACGCAGGCGCUGGCGGUGGAGGCACUGGCAAGCAGGUGCCGAGGGAGACGCGUGCUGACCUGUGGUCCUGUCGCCCCGAUACCGAAGCUGGCAUGUCACCCCCUGGCCUUGUGACACUCCCCUCAGAAGAUGGCUCCCUGAGUUAUGAAUCUGUUCUCACAAAGCAGCAUCAGUAACCCAAGCCGCCUCUUCCGGACGCAGCUUCCGCGUUGCCAUUAAUCACCCAAAGUCGAGUUGCCUCAAAGCUGCCAUCGCCCCCACCCCCCAUCUUGGUAGGACGAAAGCAAAGCUGACAAAAGACAGAAUAACAAACAGCAUGUGAAACCAG